CCAGGCCAAGAGCCACUUAUCUGCCUUGCCCAGCCUGUAUCCUAGGAGGGCUGGUAGGGUGCUCCCUGCCUUUUCCUACCCAAAUUACCCACGUUCCUACACACUUUCCCACCCCUUCCCCUCAAAGGCGGAGAGACCCUGGCCCUGGGUCAAGCCUGUGGCAACGCAGCCAGCAGCGCUCCAAAUAUUAAGAGAGCCGCGGGCUGCAAAAGUCUGGCACUGGAGCCUCGGAUAGCAAAGCGAAAGGAGCACGGAGCGCGCGCGUCCUCAUCCCUCUCUUUGCACUGGUGUGCGCUCCGCGGCUGCCUGGUGCACCUGCGGGUCCCUAGGGGGGCGCUGCCUCAGCAACCACCGUCGCCGCCCAGACUGCGGGAGCCGCGCCCGGGGCAGCCCGGAGUGGGGGAACGGAGAUGAGCAGCGACUCGGACCACCAGUGCCCUGUAGACGGAGCUGUUGAUCAGCAAGAGAUGAUUCCAAGUAAGAAGAAUGCUGUUCUUGUGGAUGGGGUUGUGCUGAAUGGCCCUACAACCGAUGCAAAAGCUGGAGAAAAAUUUGUUGAAGAGGCCUGUAGGCUAAUAAUGGAAGAGGUGGUUUUGAAAGCUACAGACGUCAAUGAGAAGGUGUGUGAAUGGAGGCCUCCUGAGCAACUGAAACAGCUUCUUGAUUUGGAGAUGAGAGACUCAGGCGAGCCACCCCAUAGACUAUUGGAACUCUGUCGGGAUGUCAUACGCUACAGCGUCAAAACUAACCACCCAAGAUUUUUCAACCAAUUGUAUGCUGGACUUGAUUACUACUCCUUGGUGGCCCGAUUUAUGACUGAAGCAUUGAAUCCAAGUGUUUAUACGUAUGAGGUGUCCCCAGUGUUUCUGUUAGUGGAAGAAGCGGUUCUGAAGAAAAUGAUUGAAUUUAUUGGCUGGAAAGAAGGGGAUGGAAUAUUUAACCCAGGUGGCUCAGUGUCCAAUAUGUAUGCAAUGAAUUUAGCUAGAUACAAAUAUUGUCCUGAUAUUAAGGAAAAGGGGCUGUCUGGUUCGCCAAGAUUAAUCCUUUUCACAUCUGCAGAGUGUCAUUACUCCAUGAAGAAGGCAGCCUCUUUUCUUGGGAUUGGCACUGAGAAUGUUUGCUUUGUGGAAACAGAUGGAAGAGGUAAAAUGAUACCGGAGGAACUGGAGAAGCAAGUCUGGCAAGCCAGAAAAGAGGGGGCAGCACCGUUUCUUGUCUGUGCCACUUCUGGUACAACUGUGUUGGGAGCCUUUGACCCUCUGGAUGAAAUAGCAGACAUCUGUGAGCGGCAUGGCCUCUGGCUUCAUGUAGAUGCUUCUUGGGGUGGCUCAGCUUUGAUGUCGAGGAAGCACCGCAAGCUUCUGCAUGGCAUCCACAGGGCUGACUCUGUGGCCUGGAACCCACACAAGAUGCUGAUGGCUGGGAUCCAGUGCUGUGCUCUCCUUGUGAAAGACAAAUCUGAUCUUCUUAAAAAAUGCUACUGUGCCAAGGCAUCUUACCUCUUCCAGCAGGAUAAAUUCUAUGAUGUGAGCUAUGACACAGGAGACAAGUCUAUCCAAUGUAGCAGAAGACCAGAUGCAUUCAAGUUCUGGAUGACCUGGAAGGCCCUGGGUACAUCAGGCCUUGAAGAGAGAGUUAAUCGUGCUCUUGCUUUAUCUAGGUACCUAGUAGAUGAAAUCAAGAAAAGAGAAGGAUUCAAGUUACUGCUGGAACCUGAAUAUGCCAAUAUUUGCUUUUGGUACAUUCCACCGAGCCUCAGAGAGAUGGAAGAAGGACCUGAGUUCUGGGCAAAACUUAAUUUGGUGGCCCCAGCCAUUAAGGAGAGGAUGAUGAAGAAGGGAAGCUUGAUGCUGGGCUACCAGCCGCACCGGGGAAAGGUCAACUUCUUCCGCCAGGUGGUGAUCAGCCCUCAAGUGAGCCGGGAGGACAUGGACUUCCUCCUGGAUGAGAUAGACUUACUGGGUAAAGACAUGUAGCUGCGGCUUUCGUCCCCCAGAGGCAUAAAUCCUGUCCUGGGAGAGUUUAGAUUCAGAACAUCUUGGGGAUACACAGUAGAUUGCAGCCCUUCUGAUGAGAAAUAGGAAAUACUCCCAAGUCCAGGCCCAACAAAACCAAAAUGCUAAGCAAUGAAUAUGAAGGACUCUCUAGCUGCCUGGGCAUUACUGUUGCUAAAAGAAGAAAGUUAAAAAAAAAAAAUGAUUUUCUCAAGGAAUGCCCCUGGAACACAGCUCUGAUAGUAAGUACCAUGUAGGUUCUGGAUUCUAAGCUUACAUUGCUCUUUUUUUUUUUUUUUUUUUUUUUU